AUCACAAACUCAUACACAUUUUUAAAUCUGAUGGGAUAAAAUAUUUAAUAAUAUAUUCUUUACUUGUUAUAUAGUAAGUAAGAAUGGAAGAGGAGGAACAAAUUAUGGAUGCAUCGCAAGAUGUUGAAAUCAUAGAAGAUGGAUCUGCAACUGCAGAGGAUCCUAGUGAGAAAUCCAAAUCAAGUUGGUCGAGGAACAGAAGACGUAAGAAACCGAAAGACAUAAAUGCCCCAAGGUUUCCACUGACUGGAUAUGUUCGUUUCAUGAACAGUGUUCGAGUAAAAAUCAGGUCAGAAAAUCCGGGCCUGCCCUUUCAGGCACUCAGUAGGCUGAUGGCCAAUGAGUGGGCCAACUUGCCGGCCAAUGAAAAACAGAGAUACCUGGAUGAGGCAGAGAAAGACAAGGAAAGGUACACGAAAGAACUAGAUUCCUACCACAAAACUGAUGCCUACCAGUUGUACCUUAAAAAACAACAACAGAAGAAAGAGGAGAAAGAGUUGAUGAACAAAUUACACAACAACAACCACAACAAUAGCAGCAACAACAACAGCAAUAGCAGCAGCAACAACAACAACAUCAUACAAAUUAAUCUAUUACAUCCGAAUUUAUCACAGAAUGCUCAUGUCGCCAACAAUGCCAACAACGUUAAUUCUAGUCCACACAACAACAGCAGCAACAACAACAAUAGUACGAACAACAACAACAACAUUCUCAACAUCCAACAACAACAUCAACUUCACCAUCAUCUAAACUCAGCAAAAGAUGAUGAAUAUUCUGGCGGCUUUUUUGACAUUCCCAUUUUUACUGAAGAGUUUCUGGACCAUAAUAAAGCCAGAGAGUCUGAGUUGAGAACGCUGAGGAAGCAGAGCACGGAGAUGGAGGAGCAGAAUGCCAUCCUAUCGAAGCACGUCGACAGCAUGAAGGAGGAGGUGGAGAAGUUGCAGGUCGACGUCGCUCAACAGCGGCUCAACAAUGAAGCACUCAAGCAGCAUCUGCUGCUACUGAGAACCACGCUCGUUCAAAAAUUCGCCGGACUGCCAUUGCCCGGAACAAAGUCUGGCCCAAAGUUAGAGACGAUAGAUUUCUACAUGUCCAAGUUGUAUGCCCUGUGCAAAGAACACAACA